AUGGUCAAGGUCGUACAUGGUCAAGUACGGCACGUUGACCUUGACCUGCUGGUAGAUCCAGCCCCUGAACUCGGCCGCCAACAUGCUGUCGACACCGACGUCGCUCAGUGGGCGCAAAAGAUCCAACCUGUCCCGCGGGACCAGGACCAGGUUGGAAAACUUGUCCGCGAUCAGCUCCAACGCCUGCGCGGCGACCUCCCCGACAGCGCCCGCGGCCACCGCGCGCGCCAGUCCCGCCGGCAGGCCUCCGCCGCUGGCAGACGUACCGCCGCCGCCUACGCCGGCGCCUCCACCUCCAGACUCGUUCUCGUCGGCGGCGAGCGCGGCGGCCAGGAGGCUCGCGCGCGGGUCGCCCAGCACCGGGCUGGACACGUCGAAGCCCUGGGCGCGCAGCUCGCGCACGCCAAUGGGCUCGAGGCCCGUGAGGGUGUGGGCGAGCGCGUGGUCGGUGGCGCCCCAGGCCGACAAGGAAGCGCCCCGGCCACCCGCUGCCGACCUCCACAGGGAGAUGUCGAUCAUGUUCAGCAUCUCGUCCUCGCCGAUGGCCUGGAUGCCCUUGCGCAGCAGCAUGGCCUCGAUCUCGGGGUUCUCGUGCAGGUAGCCGACCUCGGAGAUCAUGCCGAGCCCGACCGAGGUGGCGGGCAGACCCAGGGCGCGACGGUAGCGGGCAAACACGUCGAGGAAGUAGUUGGCGGCGCAGUAGUUGCUCUCGGUGGCGGUGCCGACGCUGCCGGACACGGACGACGUCACGAGGAAGAAGUCGAGGGCGGCGUCGCGGCCGCGCAGCGCGGCGUGCAGGUUCAGCGACCCCCGGACCUUGGGCGCCAGGCCCUUGCGCCAGUACGCGGCCGGCAUGGCCGUGAAGAGCGCCUCGUCCAGGCCCAUGGCCGCCUGCACGACGCCGCCGAUGGGGCCCGCGGCUGCCGAGGCGGCCACGGCGCGCUCCACGUCCGCCGCGUCGGCCACGUCGCCGCGCACCACCGUGACGCUGCCGCCGCUCAGCUCCAGGUCCUGCACCAGCCGCGCCGCCGCCUCGCGGUCCGUGCCGCUGCGCCCGAGGAACACGAACCUGCGCGCCCCGCGCGACAGCAUCCACCGCGACAUGCUCCGCCCCAGCCCGCCCAGGCAGCCCACCAGGAGGUAGCUCUUGUCCGGGCUGAAGACGGUGUGGUAGCUGGCCGCCGCCACGCGCACGGGGGAGCUGUCGCCGAACGAGACCGACACCACGCCUCGACCGACCGGGGGGCUGGUGUUCUUGGCGCCGGUGGCGGCGAGGGCGCGGAACGCAUCGGCCAGGUUGCCCACGUCAAAAAGGCGCGGCCGGAUGCCCGGCAGACCUUGAACUGCCCGCCGCGUGUUGUGGAGGGCGACGAGGGCGACGAGGGCGAGGCCGUGAACAGCGUGCUGACGUCAAAUGUCGACAGGGCAACGUUCCUCCGCAGGAUGGCAGGAUCGGUGGCCACGAGCUCGCCUAGCACCGUGCCGCGCCCGACGUGGACGAUGCGGGCGUUGUCGGCACAAACGGCCGCGACGUUGGAAACUGGCCAACGCCUCGUCGCCGGCCUUGACCAGCAUGACUUGUGGCUCGGGCAGUCCGAGGUCGUCACUUAUCGAGGAGCGUUGUUCUUGUCUCGUCGCGUCAUCGUCGCCGUCAUCGUCAACCACCACAACGGCAAGGACGUUGGCCCCGAGGGCCCGGGCGAUGUGCACGGCGGCAGGGCCAGAUAUAUCGCGGCCCUGGGCGUCGGCGUCGCGGUAGCAGACGAGCAGAGUCUCGCCCGGUUGGAGGCGGGCACGGUCGCGCAGCGCGUGCAGGGCGGUGCACGCGGGCACUGGGAUGCUGGCCAUGGUGGCAGGGACGUGGUCGUCGACGACCAGGCUGUCCACGGCGGAUCCGACACGGAUGAUCCUGCCCACAUACUGCGAGGUCACGGCCUGGGGUUGCGUGUCGCCGUCGCCGUCCCACAUCUCGCCUGUCAUGGCGCGGAGGUCCCGGGCGUGAAGGCCCACAGCCAAUAUCCUGACCUGGACCUCGUGCUCGUUGAGAUCGUCGUCGAUGCCUUUGUGUGCGAUAUCUCGGGUAAAAACAAAAGCAUCCGACAUGCUGGCCGCCACAGGCCCGUUCAAGCUCAGGCGGCAGGGGUGAGCCUCGCCCAGCCUCAUCUGGAGCGUCUCGGCGGCGUUGGGCUGCCUCUGCCGGAACGUCGAGUUCAUGGAAUCGUCGGGCACGAACCGGCUGACCUGCAGAGCGCCACCUGCCGUGCCGUCUUGCACAAACUCAAAGUCGGGCUCCGGGUCGUCGAGCAGCGCCUGCUUCGCUACGCCGACGACCUGCUUCGCGAUGGUCUGGGCCGCCACAGACUCGCCGUCGACGCCGACGACAAAGAACCGCAGGGACGGCUGCUCCAUCAUGAGGGCGCGCGACAGCCCAAAGACCACGGCCUGCUCCGGCCGCGUGCCGUCGGCCAGGCCACCGCCCGUCACCCAGAUCAGGUUGCUGCAGUUGUCAGUGAGGGUCUUGAUCUGGGCAAAGUCACCGUCUUGGACGUCGGCGAGGAGGGCGUCUUGGAGCUCCACGGUGGCGAUGACGGUGGCGUGGGCGGCCGCCAGCUCCGGUGUCACCUUGUCGAGGGUCACGCGCACGGCGGGUUUCUUGGUCAGCUCGGCGAUGUGGAGAGCGAGCUCGCCGUUUAG